UCAGAGGCGGUGUCGUGGGGCAGUCGCAGCCCCAGAGAUGGCAGUGAGCGAGAGGAGGGGGCUCGGCGGCGGGAGCCCCGCGCAGUGCGGAUGGGGCUGCUUGUCGCUGCUGGUGCUGAUGCUGGGCGGCUGCUCAGGCCGAAUUCACCGGCUGGCGCUCACAGGGGAGAAGCGAGCUGACAUCCAACUGAACAGCUUCGGAUUCUACACCAAUGGGUCCCUGGAAGUGGAGCUGAGCCUACUUCGCCUUGGCUUCCAAGAGGCAGAAGAGAAGCCAAGGGUGGGGUUCAGCUUGAGUCGGGUUCGAUCUGGCAGCAUUCACUCCUACUCGAGCCGGAACUCCCACGGAUGCCCUCUGGAGAGAAACAGCAGCAACUUCCUGGUCCUUUUCCUCAUUGAUAUCAAAGACCUGCAGGUCCAAGUGCGAAAAUAUGGGGAGCAGAGGAAGUUGUUCAUCUCCCCUGGCCUCCUCCCUGAUGCCCCAGCACCAUCAGGCAUCCCGAAGCCAGAGCCGGCAGGCACCCCUAAGGAGAACAGUGAGACCCCUGCAGUCAAGGAGGAUCAGGCAAAGCCUGGAGCACCCCCAGUUUCAGGAGAGAACACUAUCCUGGGGGUUCACGGACACUCGACAGAGGGCCAGCCGCAGAGGCAGCUGCCCACACGGGACCCCGGCGGGAAGGAGGAGGAACUGGUGUUGGGCCUGGGCCACCUCAACGACUCAUAUAACUUCAGUUUCCACGUGGUGAUCGGCUCCAGGGCAGAGGAAGGCCAGUACAGCCUCAACUUCCACAAUUGCCACAACUCCAUUCCCGGCCAUGAGCAGCCCUUUGACCUCACUGUGAUGAUCCGAGAGAAGAAUCCAGAAGGCUUCCUGUCAGCCGCAGAAAUCCCCCUCUUUAAGCUCUACCUGACCAUGUCUGCCUGCUUCCUGGCUGCAGGCAUCUUCUGGGUUUCCCUGCUCUGCAAGAAUACAUACAGUGUCUUUAAGAUCCACUGGCUCAUGGCAGCCCUGGCGUUCACCAAGAGUGUCUCCCUGCUUUUCCAUAGCAUCAACUACUACUUCAUCAACAGCCAAGGCCACCCCAUCGAAGGCCUCGCCGUCAUGCACUAUAUCACACACCUGUUGAAAGGUGCCCUUCUCUUCAUCACUAUCGCCUUGAUCGGCUCGGGCUGGGCCUUUGUGAAGUAUAUGCUGUCAGACAAGGAGAAGAAGAUUUUUGGAAUUGUGAUCCCCCUGCAGGUCCUGGCUAAUGUGGCAUACAUUGUCAUCGAGUCCCGUGAGGAGGGUGCCAGCGACUAUGGGCUCUGGAAGGAGAUCUUGUUCCUGGUGGAUCUCAUCUGCUGUGGUGCCAUCCUCUUCCCAGUGGUGUGGUCUAUCCGGCAUCUGCAGGACGCAUCUGGCACUGAUGGCAAGGUGGCGGUGAACCUGGCCAGGCUGAAGCUGUUCCGGCAUUACUACGUCAUGGUCAUCUGCUACAUCUACUUCACCCGAAUCAUUGCCAUCCUGCUGCGCGUGGCCGUGCCCUUCCAGUGGCAGUGGCUGUACCAGCUCUUGGUGGAGAGUUCCACGCUGGCCUUCUUCGUGCUCACCGGCUACAAGUUCCAGCCAGCUGGAGACAACCCUUACCUGCAGCUACCGCAGGAGGAUGAGGAAGAUGUGCAGAUGGAGCAAGUGAUGACGGACUCUGGGUUUCGGGAAGGCCUGUCCAAAGUCAACAAGACAGCCAGUGGCCGGGAGCUGUCCUGACUUCCGUGCGUCCAGCCAGCCACCCUCAGUCCUCCUGUACCCCGCACACUCAUCUCCAAGGCUGCAGGGAGCCCCAGUGGCCCACGCCAACAAGGCACCCAGGACGUGGGUCCCCAAGGAGCCUUUCAGAGAAAGACACCCUUCUCCCAGCGCUGCAGGCCUGUCCUCCUGGGGAGACCCCUCGGCCUUUCAGUACAAUAAGGACCAAUCUUUUCUUGCACUUCGUGAGUUUCUUGACAUUGAGGGGUUUGAGUGCCUAAGGCAAGCUGCAUUUAUGAUCUAGAACCCUGAAUUCUCAGUCCACAUGGUGGCACAUGUCUGUCAUCCUGUUGCUCUGGAGAUCCUCAUGAAGCCUUGGGCCGACCAGUAAACAAAAAUAAAGAGAAAGCAGAAUUCACAGUGA